AUGAUAUCAUUGAACGCAAAGUUAAAAAGAAGCCAAAGUGCGGAUGAUAUUGUUACUGCAACCUCUCCAACUAUACCUUUACAAAAAUCCCACUCCCAAUUAGAACUCCCCAGUAACCAGCCCACUCCCACUGAACAAAUCACCCAAUUAAAACAAACCCUCACUUUUACCCAAAACACCGCUCAAAAUUAUUUAAAGAAUUUACAGUUGGCUCAAGCUAAAAUAACUGAAUUAGAAGAAGAGUUAGCUAAUAAAGAAACCUUUACCGAAGCUCCGGAAGAAAAUAUUAGUGAAUUAAAAGUCCAAAUUCAGCAGUUAGAAGACCAAAUCUUAGAACUCCGUUUAGAAAAAAUUAAAGACUUUGGCGACUAUUACCAAACCAAGCAGGAGUUGGAAACUGAACUAGAAUUAAACAUAAAUGAAGGAAUUAGUGAAAUAAAACGCUUAGAAAAUAAACUACUAGCUACUAAUAAAAAAAAGUUAGAACUAGCCCAGCAGUUAGGAACUAGCCACAGCCAAGUAGCUAACUUAGAAUUACAACUGUUAGCUAAGCAAGAAACUAACCCUA